AUGGCUGAAUAUAACAUUUAUGUGGGAACCGAAACUGGAUAUUUGAAAGCUCUUGGCUUUGACAUUCUCAUAAUCUGGAACAUGAUUGUGGUCACCAAUCGACUUCACAAUCUCAUUGAGCCUGGUGUUUCUGCAAGUACUGGGUUGUGGAGAAACUUGAAUUCCUCCACAAAAAUCGACAAUUCUCAUGUCGUGAAGUGCAUGUGCUGGAAUAAUUGUGACAAGUCAGAGAUUUGUAUUGGCUAUGCCAAUCAAGAAGUGCUAAUAUAUAAAGAAAAUGAAAAGCCUGAAUUUCUCAGCCUGUGUAAGGAUGAAAGUGAUACACUAAUAAGUAUCUCAAAAUUUGAUGAUAACUUUGUGACCUGCACUGAGGCUGGCAAAUUGCAGAUCUGGAACAAUUGUAAUGGAGUUAAAUUAGAAACAUCCGUUGGGGCAAAUGUAAAUGUGAUGAAGCAAAAAUGCAGAGAGGAAGCUCACAUAUUUGCAACAGGUGGCAAGGAGAAUGAAUUAAAAAUUUGGGACCUUGCUGGCCAGGGACAGCCGACUAUUUUAUUCACUGCAAAAAAUGUGAAAAAUGAUUGGUUGGACUUAAGAGUGCCUGUGUACAUAUGUGAUGUCGAGUUCGUUCCAGAUUCCAAUUUAAUUUUCACUUCCACUGGCCUUCAUCAGGUUCGCCUGUACGACACUAAAUGUCAGAGAAGACCCAUUGCAGAGAUGUUGUUUGAAGAUACUCCUAUCACCACCAUCUCAAUCGCAAAUUCAAACAAACAAAUUGUGGUAGGAAACACUCGAGGUGUCAUGGGUCUUCUGGACAUGAGAGGAAAAGGGCAUCUGGUUCACAAGUUCAAAGGUGCGAACGGCGCCAUCAAGCAAGUUUUGUGCAGUCCUCAACAAAAUAUUGUAGCAUCUUGCGGUUUGGAUAGAUUUCUUAGGAUUCAUGACAUACAGUCAAAAGUCUUGCUUCAUAAGGAAGACAAAACAACAGCCGAUAAUGAUAUUUGGGCGAAAAUGGAAGUUGUAAAGACCAGACCUCAAGAACAAACAUCGUGCAAAAAGGGUAAAAAAUUGGAACAAGUAAACCAAUUUAAAAACACUCGAAAACGAAAAUUAUCAGAAUAA